UUAAGUGUGUCGAUAACAUAAGUUUUUUAUCACGCUAAUAAGGUGUACAAUUGACUUAAAAAUAUAUAAUUUAUGAUAUACUUGAAAUAACUAAAAAUUUGAAUUAAUAUAUGAGAAAAAAUUUAAAUCACAGGAGUUAAAGUCAUGAGUUUCGCUAUAAACAAUUUUAGUUUAGAAAUUUUCAGACAAUAUAGCCUUUAAUUGCAUAUUCUCCUUGCAGUUACAGUCCAGUCUUCUUUCUCAGUCAUGGCUGCUGCGUUGGGUACCGCAAUUUCCGCCACAGUUUCCCGCCUGAACUUCAUCUCUACAACCUCAUUUCGCCAAUCUCUCAGAGCAAUUGAAACUAGGUUUUCGUCGUCUUCACCCUCCAGGUUCUCGAUGUCUUCACGUUUGAAUUCCCCAAAACCAUUCGCGCAGAACCUAACAGCAGCUGAUAACUUGGUCAUUUUGGGGAUUGAGACGAGCUGCGACGACACUGCCGCUGCUGUUGUUCGAAGUGAUGGCGAAAUCCUCAGCCAAAUUGUUUCGUCCCAGGCAGAUUUGCUUGCUCGAUAUGGAGGAGUUGCUCCAAAAAUGGCAGAAGAAGCACAUGCACAAGUGAUUGAUCAAGUAGUACAGGAAGCACUUGAUAAAGCUAAUAUAAAGGAGAAUGAUCUUUCUGCAGUUUCUGUCACCAUUGGUCCUGGAUUAAGCCUUUGUCUACGUGUUGGUGUGCAGAAAGCUCGGAAAAUUGCUGGGACUUUCAACCUACCAAUUGUUGGUGUCCAUCACAUGGAAGCUCAUGCUUUAGUAGCCAGGUAG